AACAAUAAAUUCGGGACAUUGGGAUUAGGUUCGCUCCCCUUCUUCACUCUCUCUCUACAAACAGUCACUGUAUUGCGGCUAGGGUUUCACCAAACCCUGCUCUCCCUCUGUUUCUCUGGUUUCUCUUCUUCGAUAGUAUAGAUCGAUAAUAUAUUGAUACACAAUGGAUAUACUGUUCAUUAAUCUUUCUUGAAAAAGGUCCGGUUGAAAAGGAAGUCGAGGGAUUUUUGUGGGUUGGUUUUGAUAGUUGAAAAUGGCGACUUUAAACCCAUUUGAUUUACUGGGAGAUGAUGACACUGAAGACCCAUCACAGCUGAUUGCUGCUCAGAAGGCUCCUGUGGCCGCAGCUAAGAAAACCCCGGCUCCUGCAGCUGCUCAGCAGCAGCAAUCCAAGCCGGCGGCUAAGCCUCCUUCGAAGCCGCUCCCUCCAACUCAAGCUGUGAGAGAGGCAAAAGUAGAAGCUGCACGCGGAGGAGGCCGUGGUGGUGGACGCAGUUAUGGGCGUGGUCGUGGGGGACGUGGAUUUGACAGGGACUCAGCCAACAAUGAGAAUGUGUUUCGGAAUAGGGAGCUUUCUGGUGGUCAAGGUGCACCUGAAGAUGCAGAUGCUGGAAAAUUUACUGAAAGGCAAGGUGGCUAUGGUGGACCUCGUGGUCCUUUCCGCGGUGGUCGCCGAGGUGGUUUUAGCAAUGGAGAAGUGGGUGAUGGAGAACGACCACGUCGGGUUUUUGAGCGUCGCAGUGGGACAGGGCGAGGGAAUGAGAUCAAACGUGAAGGAGCUGGACAAGGGAACUGGGGAACUGAGACUGAUGAAGUUGCUCAGGCUGCUGAAGAAGUUAAUGAAGGUGAGAAAAAUCCAAAUGCUGAGAAACAACCCCCAGGAGAGGAGGAUACUGCAGAUGGCAGUAAAGAAACUCCGGCUAAUGAAUCUGAAGAGAAAGAGCCGGAGAAUAAGGAGAUGACACUUGAAGAAUAUGAGAAGGUGCUGGAAGAAAAGAGAAAGGCCCUGCAGACUCUUAAAACUGAGGAGAGGAAGGUUGAUGCUAAAGCAUUUGCAUCCAUGCAACAGCUUGCAAACAAGAAAGCAAAUGAAGAUGUCUUCAUCAAAUUGGGCUCCGAUAAGGACAAAAAGAAAGAGGCUAACGAGAAAGAAGAGAAGGCCAAAAAGUCUCUCAGUAUUAAUGAAUUCCUUAAGCCUGCGGAAGGCGAGAAGUUUUACAACCCUGGUGGACGUGGUCGGGGUCGUGGGCGUGGCUCUAGAGGAUAUGGUGGAGGCAACUCAUAUGGCAAUGUGGAAACCCCAUCCAUUGAAGAUCUAGUGCUAUUCCCAAGCUUGGGCAGCAAGUGAGGCGCUGUCCUUCCUGCCAUCAAUCUCAGGGAUUGCUUGUUAAAGUGAUCUUCCUUUAAUAUGCAAGAGGCAGGAAGUUGACUAAAUAAGAUUUCUGUAUCAAGAGUCUUUUUCUUGAAUGUAAAUUUCUUCCCUCACCCCUCUUCAUCAGCCCCCCCCCCCCUUUCUCUCUCUUCCCCCGAAAAAUAAAUUUUUUUUUUAAAAACUGCCCCUUUACUUAUUUUCCUGAUUGUCUUCUGUUUGCUACUGUUGAAUUCUUUUAACUUAUGAAAACAGCUGAUCUAUGACCUGAAUCAUUCUCAGUUUUGCCUUGAAAUUGAUGGAAUAGACGGGGGAUAUAAUUCAUCUUUUUCACA